CGCUUCCCCAUUCACUGACCCUUGUCCAGCCCUGAGCCACUCCUUUUUAGGGCGGUAUUUACUCUCUUACCCAUGCGCAAGAGCCCCCAGCAUCCAUUGGACUGGCGGAUCAUGUGCCUGCCCCCAUAAUCGCCUACCGGACUUUUCUAUCCUCGGGUUACACGGGGCAUAGGAUGGCUCCGAUGGCGUGGCUCUCGCUGGGCCUGCUGGCCCUGUCGCCCAUCGCCGUCCAGGGUGCUGCCCAGACGAGCACGUCGUACCUUUACGGCUCGCCCAUUGGUGUUGAGUGCCUCAACAGGAGCUCAGAAACCGGCGAGCACAUCGAGCUGGCGAACCACGAGCUGCAAUGGAUCCCAUUCCCGACUUGCAACGAGACGGACAAGCCGCUCGAGUUCCGCUACGGCGUCGAGACGGAGCUCAACUGCACCAUCCCCAUGAUCACCGACCCCUUCUUCCACCUGCUCGAGUUCUACAUACACGCCGACGCGCCCCUCGCCUGCCGGCUGCCGGCGCGGCCGCCGGCGCACGUCGAGACGAUCGGCGAGGACCCGCCGCAGCAGGAGUACGUGCCGCUCGUCUUCGCGCUCGCCGGCACGCUGCAGCUCAGCCACCUGCACAUCAGCACGCACCUCAACGUGCUGCUGCACAGCACGCCCAAGCACCACAUCCACAAGCGCGACAGCGGCGUGCUCGACUCGGGCGCCGCCUACAGCACGUCGCCGCUCAGCCACAUGGCAGGCUCGCACACGCGCAGGCUCGUCAUCGGCGACCCGCUGCCGCUCAGCUUCAGCGUCCGCUGGUUCCCGACCCCGGCCCUGCCCAAGACGGAGGGCACGGUGGAGUGGCAGGGCAUGGGCGGCCACGUCUACGCUAGCACCGUCUUCUACGGGCUCGUGUCGUUCCUGGCCGGCGUCACGUGCAGCUGCAUGUACUUUUAUGGCUAUGUGCUGCCGCGCCGCCUGCGCGGCCGCACGCUUGGCGGGGCGACGCCGCUGGGGUUCGGUGUCGUGCCCGGCGGCGGCGGUGGCGGUAUCAGCCUCGGCAACGGCUGGGGCAUGGCGCCGACGAAGCGAGCGAUCGACUGAUGGCGUUUUUUUUUGUAUGUUGCUAAUGCGCGGUAUCUCGUGAUUUAUCUCAAGUACGGGUCCUUUAGAAUGUCGUUUGUACCACUACGCGAUGAUUUGAAGACUGGGUCGGAUGCACGGAAUGCUUCUCGUAUGGCUUUAUUUGAUGGCCUUUGGUAGGUCAUGGCUGGAGUUUUCAGGAUCCGGUGUGCAUGUGCUACGCACGAUAUUAUGGAACUUUCUAGAUCUAGCAGCGCCACGGAUUUGCUCUUUAGAUUCCCGAGGUUUCCGCAUGGCAUAUCGAGCUUUGUGACCGACACUGCUCGCAUAGGCAUCAAUCACUUGGUCUUCCUCUCGGUCCCAGCGGCCGAAGCGACCAGACGAGUCCGCAGACGGAAGAACAUGUCGACGGCCAUGAUGGAAGCUGCGAUUCCCCUUGUUAGUCAUGGUUUGCCCGGAGGACCAACGCAAGAGGUAGGCAGGAUGGAGGGAGGGCAGGCAGGCAACCACUCACGAAUAAGCAGCCAGGGCCCGUACAGCUGGAACCAAAUGACCUGCUUCUGCUGCAGCGAGUAGACGGCGUCGUCCCAGUAUGCCAC